AUGAAUCUCGCAACCGUCAAUUCUGAGGUGAAUAUGGUGGAUUCAAACCCAAAAGAGUGGUGGAUUGACAUCGAAGCUACGGGCAUGUGUGUUCUGAUAAAGAACUAUUUACGGCUUUCAAAGCAAUUGAGAAUGGAGAGAAGUUGUUUAUGGGAAAUUCAGCAACUUCUGAAAUCAUGGGUCAAGGAAAACGAUAGCACAAAAUACUGUUAUGUAUAUUUGCUAAAAAGUAAGGAUGAAGCGAUAGAGAAAUUUAUUUUCUAUAAGAAUGAAAUUGAAAAUCAACUUAACAAGAAAAUUAAGGUGUUGAGAAGUGAUAGAGGUGGUGAGUAUGAAGCACCAUUUGCUGAAUUCUGUGCACAACACGGAAUCAUACAUGAAACCACUGCACCUUAUUCACCGCAACAAAAUGAUGUUGCUGAAAGGAAAAAAAACAUACCUUAA